AUGUUGCAGGCAUGGGACCAGGCACAGGCGCAGACAAAUGCCCAUCGGACCGCCCAGGCCAGUGAGCUCACUGAUGCCAACCCAUGGCUGUGGAUGACAGGAUGGCCAGAUUACUUGACGGGCAUCACGGAGAAGGAUAUGCGUGACUGCGUGGCGGCGCCAGAGGAAGAUGUCAUGGACGCAACUGAACAGCGGGUGCAGCUGAUCUGGAACACCAUGGAACAGGUCGCGCAAAAGAGUCAACAGAUAGUCCAGCAAUGUGGCCAAGCCAUCCGCAUGAAAGCCGUUCGAUCACAGAAAGGCCAGAUGCCGUACCGGCCAUUAUUGGCAUAUAUGGAUGCCACCGCGAUCAAGAGGCAUGUACACCUAUGGCAACAGAUAUUAGCAUUUAUCGCCCGGACACAGGCCCCACAUGAUUGGACGAGUCCAAAAUAUGGGAUGACACGCCAUCACAGCCAGGAAUAUGAGAGUGCAUUAGUCUGCGCCAUGGCGGUGUUAGGCCAGGGGGAGACCGGCUGGCGCGACCCCGAGAGUUAUCCCCUGAUAUUAUCGCAGGUGAUCAAGAUUGCGCGGUUCAUGGUGGUCCAGAAGGCAUUAUGGAUGGAUCCGAACCCGUCUGAGAUCAUUCAGAUUUGGGGGAGGAAGGACGCCAGUGCAGAAUGGGUGUUGUCCAGUGCUGAUGACUCAUUAGGAGAGAUUAAUGAGGGAUAUGAUAGUAAUUAUGCCACCGCAGUGCAGUCAUCACCCCCAUCACCCAUCCACAGUGAUGAUGCAUUGCCCGCAGUGGAUAUGCACUGGCAGGGCCGUCAACUAUUCCAGGAGUUGAAGGUGCAUUACAACACCACCGCCCCAGGGCAUGUGAUGUGGAUGGGUGAGGACCAGUUAUUAUACCAACAGAUGCAAUUCACCAUGGGUGAUUUUCAGGGAUUCAUCCAUGGUUUGAUGCCCCCCAUUCCAUGGACAGCAUUGUACGAUGACCCGAGCCAGAGUCAGCGCAGAUGGAAUUUUUUGCAGGACGCACGGACCCAGUGGCCCGUAGAUGGGCCCCGCUGGAUGAUCGACCGGGUACGGGCCGAGCCGACCGUGCAACGGGAGUUCAUGCGGGGCGGUCGAUUCCAUUCCCCCGCAAUCCGACAGUAUUGGCAAUGCGUGGCUCAAUUCAAGGAGAAGUUAGCAGUUUUAGUCCACAUCACCACAGGAGCGCCAGCGCGCGCCCCAGAGUUGUUAAGCAUUCAACAUAGCAACACCGCGAAUAGCAUGCGCCGGAAUAUAUAUAUUGAAGAGGGCAUGGUGACGUUUGUGACGGCAUAUCACAAGGGGUUCCACGCCAGCAAUGAUGUCAAGAUUAUCCAUCGAUAUGUGCAGCGGGAGGUCGGGGAGUUGGUGGUGUGGUAUAUGUGGACUGUCGCCCACACGGCAUGGUUAUGGGGCCCCGACCCCGGCACCGGCCGCGAAUGGUCAUCGGAGCGGUUCCAGGAGGGAUUGAAACGGGAAACACGCACCUAA